UCCUCGAUUCACAGUCAUCUCCCAAUCUGUUUCCGGCAGCUAUGGCCACUCGACCUUGCCUUCUCACCCGCCCCCGACGGUCGCGGGUGUUGUUCUGCGUCAUCGCAGUGGUCGCCACUACGUUGCUCUCAAAUGGCUUUGCCUUCCACGGCACCGUCUGCACCACGUCACCGUCUCCACCCGUCUCUUGCGACGAGGGGCGUGGUGCCUUCCCACCUGCCUCAGGGAGGGCGGAGGUCGAGAAAACACGAAAGCUGCAAGAGAGAGGAUGGGUGGGAGGUGCCAUGAUCGUCGCCAUUGGCAUCGCUGGUCUUGGAAACGCAGUUUCCAAGAGGGACCGUUCUGCGGUCAGCGCAGUUCCCGAAAGAAAAGAGGCCAGGAGUUGGGUGCAAGAAUCCAUACCAGUUCUGCUGAUCAUGAUCCUGGUAGCUCAAAAAUGUUCUGCAGAUGCUUUGACUUGGUACACCCGUGCAAAGCAACAUGUGCCUUACUCUGGAAGUAAUGUGGCUCUUCUGAGCGAAGUGUUCAAGUUUCCUGUGCUCAUGCUGGCGGUGAGCAUCUUCAACUCCCCAAAGCAGGUGCUGCCAACCAUUCGGGCUGCUUUCACCGAGUCACCCUUCACUAUGUGGUGGUUGGGACUCCUUUAUGCCGUGCAAAACCUCCUCUACUUUGUGUGCUUGCAGUACACCUCUGCAGCUGCCUAUCAGGUCCUCAGUCAGACCAAAAUGAUCUUCACAGCAGCCUUCAUGGGCCAAAUGCUGGGUAAAAAGUUUUCUCAAACUCAGAUUCUGGCGUUGAUCAUGCUGGUGAUUGGUACAUCCUUCACUCAACUGGCGGAGAUUCAAGGUCCAAUGGUGGCAGGCUCCCGGCCAUGGUUGGGUGCUGGCCUGGCAGUUCUAAGCGCCUUACUGAGUGCUUUACCGAAUGUUUUUUUACGAACGAGUACUCAAGGAGCAGAAGAAUCAAUGGGUCUCGAACUUGCAAAUCACCAUUUGGAUUGCCACAUGGGUCUUGAUCAUCAAAGGGUGUGGGAUGUUCUUCGGUGGCACUCGAGGAUUCGAGGUUUCUGGCAUGCUAAGUGGCUUCAACAUCAUGGUUUGGGUGAUAGUGAUGCUCAAAACUCUGAACUGCAUCAUCAUCCCAGCUUGCCUCAAGUAUGCAGACAACAUCCUCUAUGGAUAUGCCAAGCCCAUCUCUAUCGUCUUGACGGUCAUCGUGACCAGCUGCUUAAACUUCACAUUGCCAGCACCCACGAUGCUCAUCGGUACCUCACUGGUGCUGACCUCCAUUGUGAUCUAUGGUCGUGGUUGAGCUGGUUGAGGUCCGACCGGUGCGCAGAGCAAGGUGUGGAGCGAGUUGAGACAGUUGAGAUGGAUUUGCACCAAAUGAGAGAGGAAGACAGAGUGACAUGAAGGAUUUGGACAGGUAUGUUCCUUAAGUGGUCACCACUGUAGUCAGUAAGAUGGUGGUUCACAGCACCCCAUGUCAUGUUCUGAUGAACUCUACCUUUCACCACAUUUUGACUGCGAAGAACCUGCCAAGUAGUACAGGCCUCCAUGCUGUGCUGGUGUUGGAGAUGUUUGAAAUAUGUUGGAAAUCAGCCACCCGGCUCAAAAUCUCAAUGGACGUUCUUCAAAAUCAGAACCACCUCAUGGCGGGGAGGUCUGAUGUAGGAGCGCGGCCCGAGACGCACUGGAGCGGUGGGGCCGCGGUGUUGGGGCUUCGUUAGGCUGGUGUUCGAAUCGAAUCUAUUGAUGAUCAUGGC